CGACAGUGGAGACUCAGGGCUGCAGCGUACCUCCUUCUUAACACUUUAACAGAGAGAGAGAGAGACUCCGGCGACUCCAUCACUCGAGGAAAAUCUCAGGUGAGCACACGCAGCUGCGGUUUGCUCCAAUCCAAUUCCCCUCUCGCGCCUCGCUUCUCCCCCGUCGAUUUCCCCUCUCUGAUGGCCAUAGCUCUUGAGCGAGCAGCUGAAGAGGAAUCCGAUCAGCUCGAGUUUGACAUCCUUUUACCAACUAAUUAUCGGUUUCUUCUUUAUGGGGGGCUGGAAUCCUCAUGGGCCACCCACAGAACUAAGAGAUUUCCCUGUUAGCAUCUCCUUCCAUGGACCUCAUGUGAUGUGAUGUGAUGUUCUUCCGGGCAGGAGGUUCUUAGAAUCUUUUUCCCUACGAGUUCUGUAAAGAAACGCAUGGAUGUAGCAUAUUUCCCUUCAGUUCACUAUUACUAGUAUGAAGUAAUUUUAUUUAUUUAUUUAUUUAUUAUCUGCUCAAGAUAUCGAGUACGUAGUAAUUAAUAACGAAUCACUUGCCUUACGUUAUGCCUUUGGUUUCUCCCUAUUUAUAACAGCAACUUCUUCCUCAACCUUCCUUGAAAGAAAGUAGUACUACCUGCGCUGCCGUAUGGGGUACUACAAAAACAUGACUAGGUUGUGUUUUCAGCUCUCUUCUCUCUAAUGAUCUUGGCUUGCAGUCGCAGGGUCAAAGCUGAUGGCGCCCCUGGAACUUGAGUCAGGCCCCUCACAACUCUUCUUCGACAGCCCGUUCGAUAUCUACUUGUGUGGUACCUUGGUAGGCACCAAGGGAGUCGUGCCAGAUCCACCUCCAUUGCCUGAAACUUCUUAUGGCAAACAGAGAGCUUCCAGGAAUGCAAAAGAGCAUCGUUGUGUUCAUGUCCCUGAGGAGGUCCAGGACUGCUGGAACAGGCUGUUCCUGGAAGGAUAUCAAGCCGAUGUCCACGUAUCGACGGACGAUGGAAGCGAGAUCUUAUCGCAUUCGUGCAUUCUUGGCAUCAGAUCCCCCGUUCUGAGAAGUAUGCUGGAGGAAGCUAGAGUGGAACAUGGUUUCAGAAACAUCCUGAUUUCCGGUGUGCCAUCAGAGGCAGCCCGUGUCUUCAUCAGAUUUCUGUAUUCUUCACGUUUUGAGCAGGAUGAGAUGAAGAAGUAUGCCCUUCAUUUGCUCGUACUGUCUCAUGUUUUCUCGGUACAAUCGCUGAAGAUCGUCUGCACCGACCAGCUCGAGAGGUUUUUUCUUGCUCCUGACAACGUGGUGGACGUUCUACAACUGGCUAGACUGUGUGACGCGCCAAGGCUAUCGCUCAUCUGUACUCGUAUGAUCACUGGGGAUUUCAAGACCAUCUCUCUGUCAGAGGGUUGGAAAGUCAUGAGACGGGUCAACCCAAGCCUGGAGCAAGAGCUUCUUGAGUUUCUCGUUGAAGUGGACACAAGAAGGCAAGAAAGAGCUAAAAGGAUGGAGGAAAAGAAGGUUUAUCUUCAGCUGUAUGAGGCUAUGGAAGCUCUUGUUCAUAUAUGCCGGGACGGUUGUAGGACGAUUGGUCCCUGGGAUCAGAAGCUCAAGGGCAGUCAGGUUGUUUGCAAGUUCCCUGCCUGCAAAGGCAUCGAGUUACUGGUGCGCCAUUUCUCGGCAUGCAAAAUGCGAGUGCCGCGUGGCUGCGGCAACUGCAAGCGCAUGUGGCAGCUUCUUGAACUGCAUUCGCGAAUGUGUGCGACACCAGACACCUGCAGGGUUCCUCUAUGCAGGCAUUUUAAGGAUAAUAUGCGGCAUCGGAACAAGAAAGAAGAAAUCAAAUGGGUCCUAUUGGUGUGCAAGGUCCUAGGGAGUAAAGGAACAAUUGAUUCCAUCCUAAAAGCGAGAAAAAUCUCACCCCUCAAGCCAAUCGGAGCUUCACAUGUAGUUCGACAGUAAUAAAGCGAGGCCGCGAGCACUGGCAGUAAGUACAGGUGUGAAUCAUCUAGGUGAUUAUGCAGCAGCUCCCAGCGAAAUCGUAGAUUUUAGUUACAGAUGACGGUGAAUCCAGAUGGUGCCAUGGUCAACGACUAUGCUGGCAGGGGGCUUGGCAUUCCAGCUUGCACAUGGGAGGUGGUUAACAUGCGUUUCUACUGACCUCGCCUACUGCUGCUCUGUUCCUGCAAUCUCCUCGAUCUUGUCCUCGCCAACUAGGCAGCUCUGCAAUUCCAGUGGAAACGUGUUAUUGUUCAUGUGUUGGCCCAAGAGUCCCUAGGCUAGUAGUGAGCCAGCAUAUCGAUGAUUACUAUGGAGCAGAGAAGAUCAUUUACUGUUAUCCAUAACACUAUGUGAAGUAUGACAGCGGCGAUCAUGAAGAUGUAGAAGCAGACAGUGGCAAAGGUGCUGCUCGGGAGCAUCCAUAUGAGGUUGAGAAUCACUAGAAGUGUCAGUCCAAGAAUCCCUAGGCGAGCAGUGAACCUGCAUACCGCCUGCUCAAAGUCAGACUUGCCGUGCAAUCCACAUAAGAACCCAACGCUUGCCAGCACCCAGAUCAAACCAAAAAUCAGCACAAGGAUGAUCUUAUGUGUCUCGGUGAUGUUGCUGUCGUCCUUGACGCGGUCCACAGUGAAGGGCAAAAGGGAAAGGGAUCCAAACAAGGAGAACCCCAAUAUUCCGAUGAGCUUCUCGACGCCAACAGAGUCAAACUGCACAAUAGCGAAAACAUUACUGUUAUGCCACAUACAAAAUCAAAUUCUGCAGGGCCGAAAGCAGCCUAGUUGAAAAAACAAUCAAGAACAAUACCUACCAAUGGUAUAUAGCAAGUGGGGAGUUAAGAUAUCGUUAGUACUGCUUUCAGGUCAACUAACCACUAUCUUAAGAACAGAAACCAUGUAAUUUGGGACUGUAGUAAAUAGCUAACUUAAUAGCUUACAGAUUAAGCAUUGAGACAGAGACCAGAUCUCUUCUACUUUAAGAUGAAUAAGACCUGGAUGGCAUCAAAUGAACCAUGCACAGCCA